ACUCGGGGUGUCGAAUCUUUUGGUAGGUUUGAAGCUUCUCUAGUGAGAGCUCUAUCACGUUAAGAGCUCAAGAAAAUUGCCUCUCCCGAGAGUCAAAGGUUGGCAAGGAGAGCCACUGUCAAAAGUCAAAGAUCAUAGUACUAGCCGGCCCUCUGCGGCUGGUGACAGAUGAGCAGCCUCAGUUGAUUUCCUAUUCAUCAUGCAUCUUCCUCUCUUGACUAGAAGGGUCCCAGUCACUAUGGGGGACCCGCACCCCAAAGAGGCCAUGGAGCAGCAGAACUCACCCAAGGAGAGGAGUCCGCGCAGCCCCGGAGGCGACAUCUGCCACCUGGGGGCCCCACAGUGCACCCGCUGCCUCAUCACCUUCGCUGAUUCCAAGUUCCAGGAGCGUCAUAUGAAGCGGGAGCACCCAGCGGACUUCGUGGCCCAGAAGUUACGGGGGGCCCUCUUCAUCUGCUUCACCUGUGCUCGCUCCUUCCCCUCCUCCAAGGCCCUCAUUACCCACCAGCGCAGCCACGGCCCAGCCACCAGGCCCUCCCCGCCGGCUGCACCCACCACUGCCCAGCCCACCUUCCCCUGUCCUGACUGUGGCAAAACGUUUGGGCAGGCUGCUUCUCUGAGGCGGCACCGCCAGGCACACAAGGCCCGCGCGGCUCCUGGCCCCUUCGCCUGCACUGAGUGUGGUCAGGACUUUGCCCAGGAAGCUGGGCUGCAUCAGCACUAUAUCCGCCAUGCCCGUGGGGAGCUCUGAGCCCGGCUUAACCUUGUGCAGGGCGACAGGAGCUCUGUGGCUGCAAGGACCCACCCAUGACGUGGGGUGCAGGUCCUCUGGGGGUCUUGGAGGGAUUUGCUUCCCUGCCCAGGAAAGCAAAGGGCUCCUGAUAAACAGACCCCAGAAGAUCAUCAUUUGAGGCUUCAGGCUUUGGAAGACAUGAAAACCUUUAGAGAACCAGUGAAAUCAGACAACGGAGAGAUCUUUUGUUUAAAAAAAUUGAGCAAGAUGAGAGUGAGAGGAAAGAUGUUAUUUUAUCGCCCUUGUUUACAAUUAAACCGUCUGAAAUCCCAACGAGCUGCUGAUUGUGUAAUCACUGUUAAUUCCUCCCAGAUGGACACCGUGGGCUGUAGGAGCAAACUGCCUGGGUGUGUGCCUAAGUGGGGGGCAGGGAAGAUAAGGGGUUGCAGGCCUGUAUGCCACCGGGUUCAAGACGAAGAGCAACUUGGAUCCUUGGAAAUGGGAUGGCAAAGAUGGGAGCCGGGCCCUGCAUCACAUGGAGGUCGCAGUCCAGGUCCCUGUCUCUUCCCCCUCCCUGCCAGUCUUCCUCACUCAAGGUGGCCCUUCUGAGAAUUUAUGCCCCAUAUAAAUAACUUUAUGUACCAUUCCAGUGAUGGGGUAUCUUUCAGACGUGUAGGGAAGAUGGCAUGAAUAAACUAACAAAUUACAUCAAAAAGCAGAGAGGAUCUAUAUUAAAACAUUUACACAGGGAGCUCUGACUUUUGGGCAGAAAUUCCAGAGACCAUGAGAAGGGGAGGAGGAGAGCCUCAGGGCAGAGCUGGCCUAGCCCUGUGGGGAAACUGGUUUGGAAUCCAACAGAGAUACCGUCUGUUUCCUGUUUUAUUUGGCAACAUUGGAAACACUGUUAAGAUUCUAUUUUCAAAUCCCUUCAAAGGCCCAUCCCUGGGUUGACAAGUGCCAGCAGGGGCACUGCAGGUACAAGAGGCUAGGGCUGGACAGUGGGUGUCACCCUGAGCCUGGAGAUGAGCCGCACCCCACCAAUUUACCCCUCACAUUACCUGUCCUACCCCUGGAGACAAUGGUGGAUGCCCUCAAUGUCUAUUUGAGUUGAGGGAUGUUUUGAAAGCCCAUAGGAGAGAUGGAUGUGGCAGAGAACUACUAUCUCUUCCCAUUUUUACCUAGGCACUUUUGACUAAAAAGACCACAUUUCCCAGAUCCCCUUUAAGCUAGAUGUGGCGGUACUGAGUUCUGGCUAAUAGGAUAUAGAGUAUGGUUAUGUAUAAUUUCUGGGGAGUGUCCUUAAGCUUCAGGAAGAGACAUGCCCUUCCUCCACCUUCCUGCCUGGAAUAUGGACAGAGAAGGAGCCAUUUUGGACCAUCAGGAUGACAACAGCACGCAUUAAGAGCAAAGCAACAAGACAGCAGAAAUCUGGGUCGCUGGUUGACUUUGUGGCUCCAAGCCACCAUACUAACCCUACAAUAUCCACUUCCAAGUUGUUAUGUAAGAGAGAAAUAAACCCCUAUCUUGUUUUUAAAAAAAAAAAAAAAAACUGCUGUCGAAUCAAUUCCAACUCAUAGCAACACUGUAGGAUAGAGCAGAACUGCCCCAAAGGGUUUCCAAGGCUGUAAAUCUUUACAGAAGCAGACUGCAGACUUUCUCCCUCGGAGCAACUGGUGGGUUCGAAAUGACAACCUUUUGGUUAGCAGCUGAGCACUUAACCGCUGCACCACCAUGGCUCUUUUCUAUCUUGUUUAAGCCACCAUUAUUUUGGGUCUCUGUCACAUGCACCAGAAUAUACAGCCUAAGGCAGGGGUCUGUAAACUGCCAAAUCCAGCCAGGUGCCUGGUUUUGUAAAUAAAGUUUUAUUGGAACACAUCAUAUUCAUUUAUGUAUUACCUAUGGGUGCUUUCACACACAACAGCAGAGUUGAGUAGCUGGCAGAUGAUAUGGCCCACAAAACAGCCUAAAAUAGACCAUCAGACCUUUUACAGAAAGUUUGUGGACCUCUUGCCUACCUGACAGACAUAACCUACCUGAGUCUAGAAUCCCUGUCCUGGAAAAUAUUAGCUAGCAGCCUGUGUGUAUGCGUGUGUGUUUUGUUGUUACUGCUGUAGCAUUUGGGGCAGAGCUAGUGUGAGCCUCGUUGCUGGAGUGACUUAGAAAAAAAUUGGCUUGGACUCAGUUGGUCAUUACUUUUUUCCCAAGACACCAACUUCAGCAAAGCCAAGUAUUUCCUCUGGAACCUGGUGGAAGCUCAGAAGAUUCCAGCCCAGAUGCCUUCACACCACCCCCCGAGAGACUUCCCCAGGGACAAGCCUAAGGAUCUAGUCCAGCAUGCUGUCCUGAGAUAGUAUAUCCUGGGCUUCCUGUUCUCUCUCUACAUUCCCAAGAUAUCACAGAUUCCCAAAACUUUAAAAAGCAUCACUGGGGACUUCAAAAUCUUUAUCUCAGUCCAAACACUAGACUUCUGCCCAGAGCUACAGUCGCCUGGAUGAUGAAUGGGAACUUCAAACUUAAAAUGGGUAAAUGCGCCUCUAGUAGAGACCUGCCCUCACCACUACUUCCAUCCCCCAGUCACCUAACUGCUCCUGCCCCAGGGCCUUUGCACUUGCUCUUGUUCCAUCCACCGAGAGUGUUCUUACCCCAGAAUGCUGCCUCAUUUAUUGGCUAAAGUCGUACCCCUCUCACCCUGGUUUAUUUUCUUCCUAGCACUCUUCAGCACCUGGAAUUAUCACACUUUUAUUAUAUUUGGCCUUACACUGGAAUCCAAGCUCCUCGGGGCAAGGAAGGGUUGUGCUUCCCUCACUGCUUCAUGCCCAGCACCUACCAGGGAGGCUCGAAAAGUGCCCAUUGUUUACCUACUGUCUCUCAGCCUCAUGGACACCCUUCUACACUGCUCUAUGAUGCUGAGAGCUCUCUGCAAAUUGUUUCCCAGACGCCCUUGAAAGCCAGCUUCCUUAAGUCCUGCCCAUGAGAGGCAUGGACAGAAUGGAAGGCAGAAACAGGAGAAAUCCAGUGCUUCCAGGAUGAGAAGUGUGGGUUUUGAAAGAUGCUUUAGUCUAAGAUCCUGUAACAGGGGUCGAAAAUGCCAUUGUUUCUUCUGGACCCAGCAGGUACCAUAAAUUAGUGAAGCAGGCAGGAUCUAGGUGGUCUAGGUGUGAGACGGUAGGAAAUGAGCACUGUGGCAAAGAGGAGUGAAUGCCCCAUUUAAGCCGGAGGUGACCCCUACUCAGCUCUGCAAACUACUGCCCCACGAGAUUGUGGGUUCAGCAAUCCAGAUCUUACAAUUUUUCAAGAGAAGCCAGAAACUGGCAUUUUUAUGUGACAGCUGCCCAUUCUUAAAUGCUGGUAACCAUCGCAAUUUAAAAAAACCUCAGUAACUCCGUGGAGACCAAAAUACACCCCCUCUUCAAGUCAGAUGGUGACCGUGGGCAACUACACUGCCAUUUCCAGUCUGUGGCUUAGUGGCUAAGAAUGUACACCUUGAAUCCAGUUGUCUGGGUUCAAACCUGGGCUCAGCUUUUUACUAGCUGUGUGGCCUCUGGCAAGUAACUCAACCUCUCUGUGCCUUACUCAAAGCAGUUGUAAAAUGAGCAUAAUAUCCCCUACAUCUCAAAGACAGAACCCUGGUAGCAUAGGGGUUAAGAGCUAUGGCUGGUAACCAAAAGGUUAGCUGUUCAAAUCCACCAACCGCUCCUUGGAAACCCUAUGGGGCAGUUCUACUCUGUCCUAUAGGGUCACUAUGAAUUGGAAUCGGUUCAACAGCAAUGGGUUUAAAUUUAUGUCCAUAUUACACUUAGCACAGGGCUUGCACACUAAAAGCCCUCAGUAAAUGGGUUCCAAUUUCACAGGGGCCAAGCUUCUUUGAGUUACUCCUUUCUAUCUCAGUCAGUAUAAUGGCCUUCCUCUGGCCACUCUCUAACCUCAUCUCCCAUCACCCUUCCUCCUGCCUCCCUCAGG